AUUUUCGACAUUUGGAGGAUGGAUACAGAAGAAACAGGUACGACUUCAGAAGAAGAAGGUUUGGAAGAAUCAACCCAGAAGAUGGAUCCAAAAGAAGCACGUACGACUUCAGAAGAGCAAUGUUUGGAAGAAACAACCAGGAAGAUGAAUGCAGAAGAAACACGUGCGACUUCAGAAGAGGAAAGUUUGGGGGAAUCAACCCGGAAGAUGGAUGCAGAAAAAACACGUAUGACUUCAGAAGAGCAAGCUUUGGAAGAAUCAACCAGGAAGAUGGAUACAGAAGAAACACGUAUGAUCUCAGAAGAGCAAGGUUUGGAAGAAUCAACCAGGAAGAUGGAUACAGAAGAAACACGUAUGACUUCAGAAGAGGAAGGUUUGGAAGAAUCAACGAGGAAGAUGGAUGCAGAAGAAACACGUAUGACUUCAGAAGAGGAAGGUUUGGAAGAAUCAACCAGGAAGAUGGAUACAGAAGAAACACGUAUGACUUCAGAAGAGCAAGCUUUGGAAGAAUCAACCAGGAAGAUGGAUACAGAAGAAACACGUAUGAUCUCAGAAGAGAAAGGUUUGGAAGAAUCAACCAGGAAGAUGGAUACAGAAGAAACACGUAUGACUUCAGAAGAGCAAGGUUUGGAAGAAUCAACCAGGAAGAUGGAUGCAGAAGAAACACGUAUGACUUCAGAAGAGGAAGGUUUGGAAGAAUCAACGAGGAAGAUGGAUACAGAAGAAACACGUAUGACUUCAGAAGAGCAAGGUUUGGAAGAAUCAACCAGGAAGAUGGAUACAGAAGAAACACGUAUGACUUCAGAAGAGGAAGGUUUGGAAGAAUCAACCAGGAAGAUGGAUGCAGAAGAAACACGUAUGACUUCAGAAGAGGAAGGUUUGGAAGAAUCAACGAGGAAGAUGGAUACAGAAGAAACACGUAUGACUUCAGAAGAAGGUUUGGAAAAAUCAACCCGGAAGAUGGAUUCAGAAGAAACACGUAUGACUUCAGAAGAGGAAGGUUUGGAAGAAUCAACGAGGAAGAUGGAUACAGAAGAAACACGUAUGACUUCAGAAGAAGGUUUGGAAGAAUCAACCAGGAAGAUGGAUGCAGAAGAAACACGUGUGACUUCAGAAGAGGAAGGUUUGGAAGAAUCAACCUGGAUGAUGGAUGCAGAAGAAACACCUACGACUUCAAAAAAGCAAGAUCGUUCAUCCACUAUUGUCAAUCAAGAGGUACGUGUAAUAAAACUUAUUUCUAAAGUACAGCACUUCUAAAGUGCUUAGAUGUUACCAUUCACCAAUCCACCUUUGAGUCCAGAGAAGUCUCCUCUCAAAAUUCCCAUAACCAAUUGUAAAAUGUCAUUAUGCCUCUGCCACAAAGUGGCCGAAACAUUAUGUUUUCGGUUUGUCCGUUCGUCUGUCCUCCAUCUAAGUAAUAGGAAUACAAUUUUAUGUAUAUGAACUA